AUCCUUCGGACGGAUGACAAAACAUUGAUUGCGUUCGCAGAAGAAAAUAAAAUCUCCCGUUUAUCAUUUGUUUUUCGCAAAAAAAAGGUGCAAAAGUUUAGCCCAUGGCAGCCAAUUUACAUUGAAAAGUACGUUUUCGGUUCGGAGAUUGUGUCGGUUGUGGAUUGCCAUCGAUUAAUGGUCGUUCUGCGGUCGUAUUUCCCAAGUGAAAAUCGUCCUGUGUGCGAAGAAAAUUUUCAUCUCUGUUCAAUGAUGGUGAUCAACGAAAAUGUGAAACCUUCAAGCGUGGUUGUUGAAUACGCUAAUUAAAGUAUCUAAAAUAUUGUUCACAAUCGAAAGAAAUAAUACAGCAUCUUCAAUCGAAUACGAUUCAUUAGAUCAUACGCAAUAAGCUGCUCUCCCGUCGUAAAAGAUCAAAAUCGUAAGAUGGAAAAUGUCCCUACGAUUGAAACCAGCAAUGCAGCCUCGUCACCGACAACCGCUGAACUGAGCAUCAGCCCCUCGAAAGCGGACGAUAAUCUCAGCAUCAAAUCUUCCGACUCGGUCACAACGAGUGGCGAGUACGAAAUCGUCCCCGAAGCACCAUCCCCCUUGGAUACGGUGGACGGUUCUUGUCCGAUACUUCCCUCGCCGAUAAUGAACAUUGUCAAGACGAUUCCCAGCUCAAAAACGGAGUCUCGAACUCGCAAGCCUGUUGAGGAACCGAAACAGAGCGGCGAAUCGCUGUUGAAUCUGAGCGAAUGCCUAGACGACGAGGAAGGAAUGAUGGUUAAUCUGGUGGUGGCCCCGAAGAAGCUGGAUGCCAUUUCGCCGAUACUGAACAUCGAGGGUAACGGAAAUGUAUUGGAUUUACAGAAAAACAUGGAUGAGGUCAUACUCGAGUUGGACGAGGAACGCACACUGAGUGCAAGCGAUGGUGGAGAGCCAUGCGGUAGCGGCGCGAACAAGGCGCCUAUCACAUCCAACAUUUCGACGACCAGUAGCGGUAGCAACAGGGCAUUGGUAUCGCAGCUGUCUUUACGUGGCUUGAAGCCUCGAACCACUCCUCCGGUCAUUGUCGCCAAUGCUGUAGGGGACGGCACUCCGAAUGUGCAAUCACCGGAGAACCGCGUCGGACAGUCGGUGUUCUAUGAUUGUCUGGACGCUAGCCCAAUGGUGGAGAAGAGAAUGGACAAAUCACCCUGCCUAGCGUCGGAAACGGAUGAGGAUUUGUCCGACAUCGAUCAGGAGUGUACGAUUUUCAGCGGAGUAACGUAUUUGGGGGCUACUCGUAUCAACGCUCCCAAGUCAGAGAAGGAAAUCUUGCAGAAGGUUUCGGAGAUGAAUGGUAGUGCGAGCACAUCGCCUCUCGGAAUGAAGGUGUCCGUUAGUAUUCCAACCCGGUCGGAGGGAUUGGUUGUGCUGUACGAUGGAGAGUCGAAUACAGUUGUGGCAACUUACGAGGUUCAUCGGAUUUUGUUCUUCGCUCGUGGCCCAGUGAAGACCACCAAUCAAGCGUGCUUUGCCUUUACCUGGUCCCACGGAGAAUCGCAGGAAACUGCCGCGCAUCAGUGCCAUGUGUUUAGAUGCAACAUCCCGGAAGCGGUCUCACAAGUUAGCGCUUGCUUCGCCAAAGCCUUCCAGCGGGUUCUUCCGCCGAGCGUUCCGGCCAGUAUGACCACUUCGCUGGCGGACAGCAGCGCCAACGCUAUGCUGUCCUCCAUCACGUCGGACAGCGCAGGCAAUCCGAUCCAGUCGGCCAUGUACGAGUUCGGCAUUUCGUUGGAGAUCAAAGAGAAGGACAAGAGUAGCUACACAACCGUCCCGCGCGAUGCCAAGUCCAGCUUUCGGCUACGAUGCAACACCGACAAGGAGGUGUGCAUCGUGGUCAAACAGAUUCCCUCGGAGCAGUUUCCCCCGUUGUUCAUCGAGCGGUGCUUCGGCGUUCUGCUGAGCCCUGGGAAGAUUGUACGGCAAGCCGAUAUGCAACUUCUGGACAUGGUUACAAUGGGCUACAUCAACACCGAUGUAGUCGCGCCGCCACCGGUGCCAAAUCCGAUGACGGCUUCGAUCACAUCCCUUGCCACUGCAGCCAGUUACGCCCAGUUGCCGUACCAGAUCCGUGCGGAGUGGAAAGCCAACGACAAGGCGUUCGAACAACUCAAUACGGAAACGCAGAAGAAAUCACUGACCGUUGCGGUCGAUCUAGUCAUCAAGGGUAUCCAGGAACCGGUGCGAUUUGUAAUCGAAACAUCCGUGAUGAUUCUGUCGCAAAGCGAACUUCGGAUCAUGCAAAAUCUGUUCACCAACAAAAGGCUUCUGGUGAUGCACUACUAUCUAACCCUGAAGGAAAGUGGCGAAGGCAAUUGGAAGGUGGAAUCAAUCGAUCAUUCGGAUGAAAUCGUUGAGCCUACGCCACCGGCAUCACUUUCGUUGAACUUGAACUUCAAAACGUGGACGUUCAAAACGUCCGCCAGUGUGCAAUCGAUGGAGUUCGACGACUCCAGUCCGGACUAUAGUUCGGAUGGCGAUGAACCGCUUCUGAGUGGUACCGGCGAAGUAUCCAAAGAAUGUUCCAGCGCGCUGCUGGAAGAUUGGAACGAGAUCUUGGUGGAAUGGGAUCGUGACAACCCGGACAAGCGACCAAAGAAUCUGGCGUACUUGGUUCGCAGCGGCAUCCCGGAUAUACUGCGAGGGACGAUUUGGCAGAAGUUGGCCAAUGUGGAGAACAAAACGGAUAUGGCUGAUUCGUACCGUAUACUGAUUACCAAAGAAACCAGCUGUGAGAAUGUGAUUCAACGGGACAUCAACAGGACAUUCCCGGCGCAUAGGUACUUCAAGGACACCGGUGGCAUGGGCCAGGACAGUUUGUACAAGGUGUCGAAGGCGUACGCGGUGUACGACACGGAGGUUGGCUACUGCCAGGGGUUGAGCUUUAUAGCGGCCAGCUUGUUGCUUCAUAUGCCCGAAGAGGAGGCUUUUUGCGUCCUGGUAGCCCUGAUGUACAACUACGGCCUUCGCGAUAUGUACAAAAUGGGCUUCGAAUCGUUGUACCUCCGCCUGUAUCAGCUGAAUCGGCUGAUGAAGGAUCAGCUGCCGGAUUUGUAUGAGCACUUCCUCAACACUGGAGUCGAGUCGCACAUGUUUGCCAGCCAGUGGUUUCUGACGCUGUUCACGGCACGCUUCCCACUGUACUUCGUAUUUUCCAUUCUGGAUGCGUUCCUCCUCGACGGAGUCACGGUGCUCUUUCAGGUGGCGCUAACAUUGCUCUCUGUGUGCAAAAAAGAUCUCCUGGAACUGGACUUCGAGGGAAUUCUGAAGUACUUCCGUGUGACACUGCCGAAGAAGUGUCGCAGCGAGAAUCAAGCCAAGAAGCUGAUGAAGCUCGCGUUCGAGUGCAAGGUGAAGAAGCUGAAGAAAUACGAACUGGAAUAUCUGGCCAAGAAGGAGGAAAACGAGCGCAAAGAACGGGAACUGAAGCAGUACGAGUUGCGUUUCCACGAGGAAAGGAGCAAACUGCAGCAGGAGAUUGUGACGUUGAACGAAAAAAUGGAAGCCCUCGCGAAGGUGGACAAAAAGAACAACGGGAUCAUUGGAGACUACAAGCAGAUAAUACAGCGACAAGAGAAUGAGAACAACAAGCUUCACCAAAUGUUGGAGGACUUGACAAAAACCGUAUCCGGCUGUUCCAAAUGUUCGUCCAGUAUACCGAAGUCUUCCCCGUUGCAUAAAUCGUACGGCAAGAAUCUGCAGAAUGCCAACAAUGAGAACAACAAUGAUCAAACUUCGACCCAAACGGAGAGCAAUCUCGGUCCGCUGGAUCCGCUGCUGAUUGCGAAACAGAGGAUAUUGGAACUGGAGCAGGAGUUGGCACAAACCAAGCUAGCCCAGGUAGAAGCGGAGUGUAAGAAUCAGGAUCUCCAUCAUCAGCUCACCGCAACUUUGACCGAGCUGCAGACAAAUCGCAGCAGUUGGCAGCCAUGGUUUUCCAAAACGCUGAACUCCAUUCAGGAGAAGGUGGUAACGAGGCGCGAUGUCAACGCUCCGAUGGCCACGUUCCAAUCUUACACCGAUUCAAGUGUAAAACAUCGUGAACAUUCCCAUACCUUGCCGGCGCAGACACAACUGCGCAACAAGCUGAACCAACGCCACAGUCUGGGCCAGGUUGGAUUCGAAGCGGCAUGUGGCGAUGAUCUCGUUCGUCCGUUGAAAACCGGAAGCAGUGGUGCCGCCGGAGAUGCCAGAGGCGGAUCAGAUUCGUACCUUUUUCUAAACUGGUACAAACGACAUAGAACAUCAAAUCCAGCAGAAGUAUUUUCAAAGAUUCGAGAUUUUUCUUCCGGUCGGCAAAGCCAAUUGAACAUCACACUGGUUUCCCUGGAAGAGAUUUACCAUAUCAGCGAAAGUGUCUCCCAUGUCAAGCUAUGGUAAAACAUCUUCUUCUCCUUGGCAUUGCGUCCUCACUAGGACAGAACCUGCUUCUCAGCUUAGUGUUCUAAUGAGUACAUUCAUAGUUAAUAACUGAGAGUAUAUCGUGUGGCAGGAACGAUGAUACUCUAUGCCCCAGGGACGUCAAGGAAAUUUCCAUUACGAAGAGAUCCUGGACUGACCGGGAAUCGCAUUGCUUUGCUUUGUAGCCGCGGACUCUAACCACUCGGCUAAGGAAGGCCCCAUGGCAAAACAUGCUUUUUAUUAUAUCAUUAUAUAUGUAUAUAAAAUUGGUGUGAAUAUUGGAAUAAAAAUAAUAAAACUUGAAUAUGUAGUAAAAACACCUUGUUAUUAAUAUUUGAAACAUACAUUCGAAUUAUUUGUUACAUUAAUAAAACAAAUUGCAUUUGCAUAUAAUCAAUCCGCCGGGCUUCAUUUGAAUAUAUUGCGGUUUCAUAUAAAACCUGUACACACCUUUCUUCUGCAGAUAUUAAAUGAUUGGCAUAUAAUACUAUCAUGCUCCUUCCAGCACCUCAUCAUAUGCGUUGCAUAUAACUUGAAGUUACCUCUUCCGCCCUCAAGUUAAUACUAUAUGAAAAUCCAAUAGUGCAAAAAUAUAUGCGUAACAUAUAGUGUUUACUAUAAGAGUUAGCUCAGUGUACCCAAACCCACGUAUAUGAAUUUUAGCAAAGUUUUAGAUCGUACAGUGCAUAAAAAAAAGUUCGGCAUGGAAGAGGAAUUAAACCAAUCUGCUGCAGCAAUCGUUGUAAUACUCCCGGUCCUAACAGUAUGUAAUUUUCCGAAAUUAACUUUGUUCAUCAUACCUUCACCUUACAGACCCGUUGUAUGCAGGAUUUAUCGGAAAACAGCUAAGAUAAAAAUAAUUAUUCAAACAUG